AUGGCUUCAGAUCAGUCUUCCCUCUACGGGAAACGCCGUGAGAAAUCAUCAAAAACACAAGGCCUCCCAUCUUCCUCCACCCUCUCCUUCACCAGUCAACUAUCCUCCCUCAUCUCGCAGAACUCCAACUCCUCAACCCAGGGUCGCCAACGACCAUCCAAGAACCCUAAAUCCGACAUCUUCGGCAAACAAAACAAAGGUGCCCAGAAGCGCGCAGCUGCAGAUCUUCAAGAGGAUGACCACCAUGUCUCCAAGCAAGUCCAUCAACGAAGCCAGGACAUCGGAGGCAUCGACGACGUCACGCUGGGUCGGUCCAAGCGCCGCAUGGAGGAGAAGGUGCGCCAGUACGAGGAUAUGAAGAAGGGACUCUAUCUUGCAGGCAACAGCAGUGAUGAAGAUGAGACACCGAGCGGAUCCAACCGCCCAGAGGACUACUUGUCGCGGUUGCGUCGCAAGGAGAAAGAGGGGCUCGUGGAUUUCGAUCGCAAAUGGGCAAAUGAGGAACGCAAAAGAGAAGAGGCCCUUGAAAACUCCCAGGAAGAAGAUGAUGAUGAUGAUGACGACAAUGCAUCUAUGAUAUCCUACGAGGACGAGUUAGGUCGCUCCCGCCGCGGCACCCGAGCCGAGGCUGCCCAAGCUGUGCGCGCCAAAGAGGAAGAGGAACGAGGCCACUCGAUGCAAGAACGAUGGCGACCAAACAGGCCGGAGAAUUUGAUCUACGGCGAGGCUGUCCAAUCGGAGGCAUUCAAUCCGGACGCAAAUAUCGCAUCGCAUAUGGCUAAUCUUGCCGCUCGUCGGGACCGGUCAGCCACACCACCGGAUCAGAGACACUACGAUGCCGAUGCCGAAGUGCGAAAUCGCGGAACGGGAUUCUAUGCCUUUUCACGUGAUGAAACGGAGCGGCAGAAGCAAAUGGACGAGCUGAAACGGGCUCGAGAGGAGACGCAGCGCCAGCGGGACCGAUUGUCGGCCAGGGCCGCGGAGCACCAGGCUACUAUUGAUGACCGGCGGCGGCAGGUCCAGGAGCUGCGGAGUAAGAGGCUGGCUGUGCGGUUCUUGGGUGGAUUUCCCGAUACAAAGGCAACAAGCACAUAA